AAAUCGUGACUGUGGCUCACGGGAUUGGUGUUGGUAUCACGGGCAAAAGAAGUAUAUAAGAGGAUCAACCGUAUGAAGACAUUACUCUGAAAGUAUUUCCUCAACCCUCAGACAUGAAAGUUACACUGUUUCUCGUCUUUGUGUGCACUCUUUUUGCUGUGAUCUACAGCGAGGACUGCAGGGAUGAUAGUGACUGUACCCACUUGACAUGUGACAGUUCCUCGAGACUUGCCUGCUCUCAUGGACAGUGCACCUGUCUGGUUGGAGCCAAUCCUGGUACCUGCUUUACAGACACGUGUUCCGCUCGCGACGACUGCGACAGUUGUGGGUGUCCACCCAACCGUGAUCACCACUGCUUCGACGGCCACUGUCUUUGUGGACAUCGUGCGUUUGGACCUGGUGGAUCUGGCGUAGGUAAAUAAAGAUGGAGAACUCCCAUGGAAAUGUAUCAUGUGGAUACAUACAUGUACAGAUGUAAAAUAAUUGUGAACACGAUAAAUAUAUGUACCCAUGUAAAAUAAACCAGUUUCUACAGUU